AUGUCCAAGAACACCCAAAAUGUAGAGAGCGGCAAUGCCAACCCGGAACCUCAAGUCGAGGCGCAAGCUACGAAGGCUUCUCGCCUGCCUCUUGGAACAAGUUCGAUUCUCGGUUUGUCAGACGUGACAGACAACAAGUUGAUCUGGCGGCAGUUGACCGCGGAGCUGGUGGGCACCUUCCUUCUCACUUCCAUCGGCGUCGCAUCGUGCAUCGCCAUCAGUGAGAGCAAUGCGCCACAAACCACUAGCAUCGCAUUGUGCUUCGGUCUACUUGUUGGCUCUAUUGUGCAGGGCAUAGGACACGUAUCCGGUGGACAUAUAAACCCGGCGGUGACGUGCGGGUUGUUCGCGGCGGGCGAUGUGAAGCUGUUGAAGGCGAUUUUCUAUAUUGUAGUACAAUGCUUGGGAGCUACAGCUGGAGCGGCAUUCAUUAGGUUGGCUGUACCUGAAGAUAGAGUUCUGUCGUUCGGAAUGACUCUACCUGCACCUAAUGUGACCGAGCCUCAGGCUCUGCUAGUAGAGGCUCUGAUUACGUUCGUGCUAGUGCUAGUGGUGCAGGGCGUAUGCGACGCGCGUCGUAACGACCUCAAGGGAUCCGCUCCACUCGCCAUCGGCCUUAGCAUCACUGCUUGCCACGCUGCCUGUAUACCAUUCUCCGGUUCAAGCAUGAACCCAGCUCGUUCCUUCGGCCCUGCCCUCGUCAUGGGUAUCUGGACUGCUCACUGGGUAUAUUGGGUAGGUCCGAUCGUGGGCGGCGUGGUCGCCGGCCUUGUCUACAAGUUCGUACUCCGCAUCGGCAAGAGCGGAGACAGCGGUUCAUACGAUUUA